CACAAAUUAAAAUGUGUUUCAAUUAAAUUUUAUCGCAAUUUAUUUUUUAGUUUCUUUUCAUUUUUGGCCAAGUGAAGAUGAUUAAGCUAUUCUUAAGUUUUGUUCUACUUGCCACGUUGGUAAAUUUGGCAUCGAGUCAGGCUUCAAGCCAAGAUCCAUAUGCUAUAUUCAAUGUACCUGGACGUAUAUUCUUUCAAGUAUAUCCAGCAAAUGGAAGUCCAUUUAAUUUUACAUCUACAACUAUGACGAAUAUACUUCAAGCAUGUCCUGACAAUGUUCCACUUUCAUUCAUCAUUCAUGGAUGGUCAGAAGGAGUGUUUAAAACAAAAUGGAUACCUUAUGUCCUUAAUGCCACUUUGAACUAUUCUGGUGGAUGUGUCGUUGCAAUGGACUAUUCAUACUUUUCAGCUAUGGGUUAUGGUGAUCUUGUCUAUCGAUACUUUUUGUUACGUGACAGCUUGGUCAAUGUGAUUAAUCUUUUUGGAAAUUACAGUCGAAUGCAUUUCUUUGGAUUUAGUUUUGGUGCUCGUCUUGCGAUCGGUGCAGGAAAUGUCAUUGCUGGUUAUAAUAAUGGAGUUCCACAAAUUCCAAGAAUGGACCUUUGUGAUCCAGCUGGGCCAAAUUUUAUGACUUAUGAGUUUGCUUUCGCACCGGCACAAAAAGCUGCAACUUUGGUUCAGGUCAUCAAUACAAACAGUUUUAAUUACGGUACAGGAAUUUAUGAUGCUCAUAUUAAUUUUAAAAUGGGACAUUGUGGAAUAUGGCAGGAUGGUCAAGGUGCUCCACCAAUGGGAUCUCAUGGCAUGUGUCCUUAUAUGUAUUACUACUCAUUCUUCAAUGAUUACAAACACAAUCCGGUUUAUAAAGCUGAGUGUAAUUAUGGAUACUCAGCGAAUCGUCCCAUUAAUGCAACAUGUCAACAAACUAUGAUCAUGGGACGUCGUAAUACUGUUCUGUGCUAUGGAGACGUUCUAAUUCCAACAUCGAUAUGUCCACCAUAUCUCUACAACAACACCAUUUACAACUAUCCAGCAGGAAAAGCAACCUGCACUUAAAUGAUGAGUUUUUAUUGAUUUUUUUAAAGCACAUUUAGACUUUUUGUAAAAAUUCCAAUUUUUAAAAAUAAACAAAGCACAUCCACAACUGCUUUCUCACAAAAUACAUCCAUUAAACCUUAUAACAUGGCAUCAGCCAUGUAAAAUCGCUUUUAUAUGUCAUCAAGAGAAUUAAGAAUGAAUCAUGUUUACAAUACACAAUCAACAUUGAUUAAUCUUCAUCCGUGCUAAUUUGUUAAUAAUGAAUAACAACUUAGUGAGAUGAGCUUCAUUCAACAGCAAUAAUUGUGUAAUC